ACAGUAACUUUGUCCUCGGGAACGCUCAGGUCCAGUCUCUCUACCCCAUCGUCUACUGCUCGGACGGGUUCUGCGAGCUGAGCGGCUUCGCCCGCGGCGAGCUGAUGCAGAAGAGCUGCAUGUGUCACUUCCUGUACGGCAGCGAGACCGGCGACCGCAUCACCUCGCACAUGCAGAAGGCCCUGGAUGAACGCCGGGAGUUCAAGACCGAGAUCGUCCUGUACAAGAAGAGCGGCUCCAAGUUCUGGUGCUUGUUGGACAUAGUUCCCAUCAAGAAUGAGAAGAGUGAGGUGGUUCUGUUCCUGGUCUCACACAAGGACAUCACAGAGAGUAAAGUCCUGGACCGUGGCAAUGAAUCCGACACCGAUGAGGAAACCGGUCUUGAGAUCCACCCGAUCAACCGGCCUGCUGGGUGCAACUUGGAGCGCCGGCGCAGUCGGGCCGUCCUCUACCAGCUGUCUGGACACCUCCAGAAACAGGACAAGACCAAGAGCAAACUGAAGCUCAACAACAGCGUAUUUGGAGCCAACGCCAACCCGAUCCCCGAGUACAAGGUGGCUGACGUCCAGAAGUCCCGCUUCAUCCUCCUGCACUACGGUGCGUUCAAGGCCGGCUGGGAUUGGCUGAUCUUGUUGGCCACCUUCUACGUAGCAGUCACCGUUCCCUACAACGUCUGCUUCACAGCCGUGGAGAUACGAGAGGAUGGCGGCGCGGCGGCUCGGAGCCCUCCGAGUGUCAGCGACAUCCUGGUGGAGCUCCUCUUCAUCAUCGAUAUCGUGCUGAACUUCAGAACCAGCUACGUGAGCACGUCGGGUCAGGUGGUGUACGACGCCCGCUCCAUCUGCCUCCACUACGCCACCUCCUGGCUCUUCGUGGAUCUGAUGGCAGCGCUGCCCUUCGACCUCCUGUACGCCUUCAACAUCAGCGUGAAUUUCGGGGUUCACCUGCUGAAAACGGUGCGCCUCCUGCGCCUCCUGCGCCUCCUGCAGAAGCUGGACCGGUACUCCCAGUACAGCGCUGUGGUGCUCACGCUGCUCAUGUCCACGUUCGCCCUGCUGGCGCACUGGAUGGCGUGCGUCUGGUACUUCAUCGGGCGCAGCGAGAUCCAGAGCAACGCGUCCUGGGACAUAGGCUGGCUCCACGAACUGGCCAAGCGUUUGGGAACUCCAUACCUCCUGACCCCUCUGACCUCCCUGCUGGGCGUGUCCGACUCGCCUCAGGGCAGCGUGACGGCGGGCUUGGUUAACUACAGCCAGUGGAACAGCUCUGGGCUGAACGGGACCGGCUCGGUGGGUUCAGGCAGCAGGAGCAGAGCGAGGGCACUGAACGGCUCGGGGGCGACGCUGAGCGGUGGGCCGUCGGUCAGGAGCUCCUACGUGACGUCGCUGUACUUUGCCCUGAGCAGCCUGACCAGCGUGGGCUUUGGCAACGUCUCGGCCAACACGGACUCCGAGAAGAUCUUCUCCAUUUGCACCAUGCUGAUUGGAGCGUUGAUGCAUGCCGUUGUUUUCGGCAAUGUGACGGCCAUCAUUCAGAGGAUGUACUCUCGCCGUUCCCUUUACCACACCCGCACCAAAGACCUGAAGGACUUCAUCCGUGUGCACCGGCUGCCCAAGGCCCUGGAGCAGCGCAUGAUGGAGUGUUUUCAGACAACCUGGUCGGUCAACAACGGGAUUGACGUCAGCGAGCUGCUGAAAGACUUCCCCGAUGAGCUGAGGGCUGAUAUCGCCAUGCACCUGAACAAAGAGCUGCUGCAGCUGCCGCUGUUCGAGUCGGCCAGCAGGGGCUGUUUGCGUUCCCUCUCCCUCAUCAUCAAGACCUCCUUCUGCGCUCCGGGAGAGUUCCUCAUCCGCCAGGGCGACGCUCUUCAGGCCAUCUACUUCGUGUGCUCGGGAUCCAUGGAGGUGCUGAAGGACAGCACCGUACUGGCCAUUUUAGGUCGCGGUGACCUGAUCGGCUCUGACUGCCUGACCCAGGAGGAGGUGAUCAAGACCAACGCCUGCGUGAAGGCCCUGACCUACUGUGACCUGCAGUACAUCAGCCUGAAGGGGCUCCGCGAGGUGCUCUGCCUCUACCCAGACUACGCCCAGAAGUUCCUGACGGAGAUCCAACAUGACCUGACGUACAACCUGCGCGAGGGCCACGACACGGAGGCCGACUGCGAGAGCAACGGAGGAAUCAUAAAGAAGCUCGCCGCCAUCCGGGAAGACGAGGAGGGAUCGGGCUCCGAGGGUGAGCGCUCUCCUCUCCCUGCGGUGCCCCAUUCAGGCAGGUUGGCCCGAGGUCUGCGUUCCCCCCUGCGUUCCCCCCUGCGUUCCCCCCUGCGCUCGCCGCUGCUGCCACCCAGGCCCUUCAGAUCGAUGAGCGAUCAGAGCCGACCCACCAGCCUGCAGAUCCCCGUGGUGAACUUCAGUUGCCCGCAGCCAGACCUCAGUCCUCGGUUUGUGGACGGGAUCGAGACAGAGACCCACGGCAGCUCGGCUCAGAGGUUCGAGUUUUGUCCCAGCCCAGAUUCAGCCGCCUCAACGGUGCGUGACGACAGCGACACCAUGCAGACGGUCGCGAAGCUAAAACACGAGAUGUGUGUCCUCUCCCGUCAGGUGACCUCCGUCAGUCAGGAGCUGCAGGAAAUGACGCGCCUCCUCAAGCCUCUCUUCCACAACUCCUCGCUGCUGAUCCCCUGCACUGUGACUCCGCCCCCCAGCGUGUCCCCGCCUCUCCAGACCCAACGAGCAGACGUUCCAAACCCUCCACCCGUCCCGGUUCUGGACCUGCGCCCCCCUCAGCUGAGCGAGUCUCUUCAUGGCUCCCCACCUCCUCCUCCUGGAGCCUCCCAUCAGCUCAGUCCUCCUCCCUCCCACCGUUCAGCUCCUCCUUCGCUCCACAGCUCUCCUCACGAUCGCUCCCAUCCCUGUCCUGCCUCCUCCAGCCCCCCCUCGUUCAUCACUCCCCUCCUGUUGGACUUCUCAGAACCAGAGUCCCAGCUCCAGGUCCCGUCUUACCCCCGGCCUCUCCUCCGACCCUCAGGCGGGGCCUCGGUCCUGACCCUGCGGGACACCGAGUGGCAGGACAGCAGCUCCCAGAUCAGCUUCGUGGACGAAGGACGGCCGUCGGUGUGAGCAGAUCUGGACUCGGGACUGUCAGAGGACCAGCAUGCCCCCCCCCACAGCUGCAUGACGAACGUUGGCCCGAAGCUUUGAGGGCAGAACCGUGUAAAUAUUUUGUUUUUCAACUGUUACCACGAGCACCGAGAAUAAACGUCUAACAUCUUCGUUUGAAAUGUUUCCAAGCUGCCAUGCGAGGACGG